CAGGAUUGUCUGUAGUGCCGUAAUUACUGCGUGUGGUCUCUCAUGUGAGAGACAGUUUAGUCAUUUUUAAUUUACAGAAGAGCUACAGAGAGUCGGAGACUCAUAAUGUCAGCAUUCAGCGUCCUCGCUUCCUUGCCGGAGAAUCAUUUCCAGUGUUCGAUCUGUCUGAACGUCUUCACUGACCCGGUCACCACACCAUGUGGCCACAACUUCUGCAAAACCUGCCUGAGCGAGGUCUGGGACAACAGCGAUUCCUGCCGGUGCCCGGCGUGUAACAAAAGGUUCCACAUGAGGCCCGAGACCUCCACCAACGAGGUGCUCGAGGAGAUUUCGGUCCAAGUAAAGAGGAGGAAAGUGGAGGUGCCGGAAAUGGCCGCCGCGCCGUGGCAGGUGAAGUGCGACCUGUGCACGGGGGUGAAGCUCCGGGCCCUGAAGUCCUGCCUCGCGUGUCUGACGUCGUACUGCGAGGCCCACCUGGAGCCUCACCAACGGGUCCCGUCCCUGAUGAGGCACAAGCUGAUUGAGCCGGUGGACGACCUGGAGAUGAGGAUGUGCGGGAAGCACGAACGGCUCCUGGAGCUUUUCUGCAGGGACGAGCAGGCGUGCAUCUGCCUGCUGUGCGGCGAGACGGACCACAAACACCACGACACGGUGCCCGUUGAAGAGGAAGGGGCUCGACAGAAAGAAAACAUUGAGUCGAAGAAAGAAAAGAUCAAAAUUAUGAUUGAGGACAGAAUGGAAAAGAUGAAGGAAUUCACUGACUCUUCUGAAAUUAGCAGAGAAAAAGCAAACAAAGAGAUGGAUGACAGCGACCAGCUCUUCAAUGCGCUGGUGAAUCGCGUACAAGACGCCCACGCUAGCCUGCGACGGAACAUCGAGGAGAAGCUCCGAAAAUCACAGGACAAAGACAGAGCCAUGAUCGAAGAGCUGCAGGGGGAAAUCACCCAGCUGCAGAGGAAGCAGUCUGAGCUGGAGGAGCUCUCGCGAAGUGACGACCACCUUCACCUUCUGCAGACUUUGCAGGCCCUGAGCCCAUUUGUCACCAAGAACUGGUCCAAGAUCAGGGUUUACUCAGACCUGUGUGUGCAGACGGCGAGGAGAGCCAUGAAUCAUCUCGUGUGCACGUUUCAGGCCGAACUGAGAAAUCUGACAGAAACGGAACUGACCAGGAUGAGACAAUAUAAAGAGUCCGUCACCUUCGACCCGGCCGUGGCAGGCGGCUGCCUUGUGGUGUAUGAGUCGGGGAAACGUUUGAAGUACUUCAAAAAUGCAAGCUCUCCAUCGUCGGACGACUUGGAGAGGUUCAAAUGUCCCAUGAUUUUAGGGAGGAAGGCCUUCACCUCUGGGCGCCACUACUGGGAAGUCCAAGUGGGCCUGAGAACCGACUGGGAUGUCGGUGUCGCCAAAGAGACGGUAAACAGAACAGGGAUGGUCACCGUGAAAAAAGAAAAUGGCUUCUACGCCAUAGGAAAGAGUGGUUUUGAUUAUAAAGUUCAAUGUACGCCCUACACAGCCCUCCACCUGUGUCCCAGGCCGAGAAACAUAGGAGUCUAUGUGGACUACAUGGAAGGCAGAGUCUCUUUCUAUGACGUGAACAGGAAGCUGCACAUUUACUCUUUCACAGGAGAGUCUUUCACAGAGAAACUCUUCCCGUACUUCUAUCUGUACAGCAGGGCCAAGAAAUCCGAGCCUUUGGCUAUUACCUUUGAGUGAGAUCCAGCAUCGUUGCUUUCUCUCAUUCAGGAAAAAAGCUAAAGAGUAACUGAACAGUAUGAAGGUCAAACCAAAGGUCCUCGAGAAUGAAACCCUUCAAAACCAGCAUAUCCUGAAAGGUUCCCAAAAAGACCCCGUCGUUACUGUUGCUACGCCUGUCAACCUUCCACUUCUUGCAUGUAGCGUUGCCUAUUUAGCGACUUUCAGGCUACGUUUGUUGACUUUUAAGACCCUUUUAGUUACUUUUUUCGAAAAAGCAUCAAGCGACAAAUGUGGCCACUCUUUAGACAGACUAUAAGUCCUUUUCCUUGAGCAGAGUCGCCAUAUUUCUCAGCAAAACUUGGAAAAAGACUUCCUCAGUUUCACAAAAAAAAGUUUUUAUGCCCACUUGAGAUGUUUUUUGUCAUUUUUGACAUGAAACAAAAGAAGAAGCCAUUUCCACAGAUUAAAGCGUCUCAUCAUCGCCUCACACAGAUCUGAUGUAACCUUCCUCAGAUUUCUACAUUCUUUUACUCAUUUAAUGGCAUCAUCUUGUUGCGCCAUCUUGUACUGCAACGCUAUCAAGGUUUUCUGGGAGAAUUGGCGCCACCUACUGCUCAUCUCAAUGAACUAACUCCUGAUAAUGGCAUAGUGGAUGGAAACAAGCAUUCACACUCGUUCUCUUUUCACAGUUUGUCUUGAAAUUUGGUUUAACUUUGAGAUGCAUUUGGAGGCAAACUCAGCUACCCGCCUUCAGUGAGUUCAGUCAACCAAUCAGCAACCAGAUAAAAAACGGGAAACGAGGUGUGAAUGUGGGGACCUGACGACCAAACCCUGACCUCCAUUGUUUGUCUGCGAAACAUCUCCUUUGUUUUUGUUUGAAAUGAUUUAAGUCGACAAUUUAAGUUUCCUUUGUUUUUAGAGACAGUUUGACUUCAUAUUAUUAAAUUUUCAUAACAGAGUGACGGCUGAGGUAUGAACAGCGAUGUGUUUACUUACAGUCGUACAUACUAAACUUCCUCUGGAGGGCGAUGCAUUCACAUACUGACAUACAUACAGGAGUGACUUUGCUGAGUAAAAAGCAUGAAUGAACAUAUUGACAGUGAUAAAUCUAAUAUUACACAGAGGAGAGCCACUCUCUCUUUUUAUUUGAUGCAACCUGUAACUCCGUCACCUAAUGUAGCUAUAACGUAGCUAACGAUGUGCUCCUCAGCCUGUGAGCUGUAAGCUGUUUAGCUGGGACUGCAGCUGAGCUGAGAAAAGAAAAACACUGUUUAAUUCAUCACAUCUGCUUCAACUCUUCCUCUCUGUGUGGUUUGUAGUGCCCAAAAAAAAAAAAAACAGAAGUGAUUUUGCAAUACUGUCAUGACAUGACAAAAUGUCUUUCUUUUAUUCAGAUGCCGUUCUAUGAACUUGUCUUCAUUAGAAUAAAGGUGA